ACGAUACACCGAGAUUAGGGUUAUUAAGCUCCCAGCAGAAGGGCAAUCCCUCCGAGCCAAAGUUGUUAACUUUCGCCCAAAUUUCCGACAAAUCGAUGGCUCUGUCUCAACACGAGCCCAUGAAUCCAUUAACUACCGAUUCUCUCAUUGGCAAUAAUUUCGAAAUCACGCUAAACAAGUCAGUAGAAGAUCUCUUAGCCGAGAUUCACGGCGGAGGUUCAAAUUUCUCUCGUUUCGUCGAUGUUUUCUACAAUUUGAUGCAAGCGAGAAUCGACCCGCCUUUCGAAUCGAUCUGGGUUUACACAGCUUUAUCCUUCCGCACAAAAAUUUCGGCAAAUGAAGACCCUUUGGAUCGAGUUGCCUCGGCGAAGGGCCUGCUUCAGUUCAUAUCAGCUUGCUCGGGCUCUUGCAGUUCAUCAAAAAGCAUCGGAUUGCUGGCUCCUCUCGUUUUUGAGGUAUACAAAUUAGUCAAUUCUCUCUUAAGCAAAGAAUCUUGUUCGAAGAAGGGGAAAAAAGGCAUGAGAGAGGUUAAGUCUUUGAUUGAUGCAAUGCUUGGGUAUAUAAGUGCAUGUUCUAGCAGUGAUUUGAACGAAAGAGAUACAGAAUCAGCAGAUUCAAGCUUGGGAGUCGCAGUUUCAGACUUGGUUCGUGUUUGGACCGAUUCGAAUACAAAGUUGGAUUUGUUCUUCCCUUUGGUUAGUGGUGAUAUAUGUGAGAAAAUGAAAGAGGAUGAUUUCGAUGUGAAUUACUUGGCUGGAGUUGUUGUUGCCGAGAUGUUCUUCUUGAAGUUGUUAAUGGAGUUUCGAGGAAUGCCUUUGGGAGGUGAUUCAGAGAAAGAAUUGAGGAAUAGGGUUGUCGGAACAAUAACAGAAUUCCGUAACCCUUACUUUUUCGAUGUUCUUGUCAACAUGCUCACAGAGCUAAAACUGCCUCUCCAUACUCAUCUUCUGGAUCCUGAACAGGAAGUUUCAUUAAGGAAAAUUCUGUAUGAUGCCGUUGUAUUGGUAGAUUACUCUUUUCUGAACAUUAACGCCACCGCAAGCCUAGAGACUGAUCAAUCUAAAAGUCUGGCCAUUUCAAGGUUACAUCUUGUGUAUGAAGCUAUGGAGUUCUGCAAGAAGAACAAAGAUCAGAAAACUGCUUUCUCUUAUUCUAAUGCUUUCUCGGCCUCUCAUUUACGUUUUCAAAUAAUAAAAUGGAUCAAAAUGGUGGGAGGUGGAGAUCCAGGAGCUAAGUCCUCUCCUAAAGAUCUUAUAACAGAGUUGUCAACUAAUCUUCAGAAACAUGGAGACGGGCCAUUUGGAAACAGGCUUAUGAAGCUUUGUACCAAAUUAGCCAUUGAUGAUGGGAAACAAGGCUCAUUUAAGAACAUAUUAACAAACACAAAGGAAAAUGGGGAAGAUAAUCAUGCUUUCUACAUUGGUAAAGAAGGCCAAGAACGAGAUGUGUCCGAUAUCGAGUCUGGUGACAGCGAUGAGGACGAGAUUACAAAUGCUGCUUUGAUAAAUGCUGCAAGGUCAAUCAAAGCGGCAGGGAGUGUAGGAAAAAAGAGGAAAGAAAGAGGGAAGCAUAUCAAGUAUAACCUCACUAGUUCUUCUGGGUCACUUGAUUCGGGGAGUGAGAGUGAUCUUGAGGAUUCCGCUGUCUGAUCAGGACAGAGAUUGAUUUUGGGUUUUUGUUCUGUCCCAUUCUCCGAUAUGACUUGUUCUUGAGAUCUGUUGCUUCUUUGAAGCAUGAAACUGUAAUGGAGAGUGACACCACUCAGGAAAGUAUAUGCAUUUGUAUUUUGAGGUUUCGGUUUCAGAUUAUCCAAUGAAAACAAGAGAUUAAUUAAAGACCAAAUCUUUUUGUU